AUGGCUGGGAAUUCGGAUGACUUACGUAAAAUGUUGCGUACACUCUCAAUACUGGUCAUCUUCAUUCUUUCGAUUUACCUUAUCCAUUUUAUUCUGUCAAUUGUGGUAGUUGUUAUCGGAGCUGUUUUUCGUUGGCAAUGUCAAAUUCAGACAAAUAUUCCCGUGUAUCUUAUUGUUAUCGGAUCUGUAAGCAUUUUCUAUUAUGGUUUAGCUUCCGUUUUUGUAUCUAAAGUUUUGAAAGAGAAAUCUAAGGAGAAAUUCAUGGAGAAACUCAUUUCGAAAGUUUUCAUGACAAUCAUGGCUGUUGUACUCGUGUUUCAGCUUGCUUGGAACAUCACAGGUGCUGUUUGGGUGUUUGGAACGAAAACAACCGUUCAAUCUUCUGAUCUUUCUUUGUCUACGUAUUGUCACUCUAUACCCUACUAUUUUGCAUUUGCCUAUUGUAUUUUCUCGUUCAUUGUUUUAUUUCUUCCUUGCCUCGCAAGUCUCAUUUCUAUACCUUAUAUGAUGAAUGAAUAA